AUGGCGUUGAAGAGAAUCAAUAAGGAACUUACAGACUUGGGCCGUGACCCUCCGUCAUCGUGCUCUGCUGGUCCUAUUGGCGAUGAUCUGUUCCACUGGCAAGCUACCAUCAUGGGUCCUUCAGACUCACCAUACUCCGGAGGUGUCUUCUUCCUCGCCAUCCACUUCCCUACCGACUACCCAUUCAAGCCACCCAAGGUCAACUUCACCACCCGAAUCUACCACCCAAAUAUCAACUCCAACGGUUCCAUCUGCUUAGACAUCCUCCGUGAUCAAUGGUCCCCAGCCCUGACAAUCUCGAAGGUCCUCCUCUCCAUCUGCUCUAUGCUCACCGACCCCAACCCUGAUGAUCCACUUGUCCCCGAAAUCGCCCACGUCUACAAGACCGACCGAUCCAGAUAUGAGGCAACAGCCAGAGAGUGGACACGUAAAUAUGCGAUCUAG